GGCUAGCUGGUGCAGCAUAAGGCGUCGUUCUUAUCCAUUCCUUUGCUCAUCGUUCUCCACGAACAAGAAUGACCACUGCCUGAUGCCCUGAUCCUCAUCUGUGCAAAUUGAUGGAAGCAAGUCAAGGAGGGGUAGCGGCUACAGGUGGCAGUGGCUGAGCGUUUGGAGUCUGCACGCGCUGCGCUGCGCUACUGCGGGCGAUCAGGGAAGGUCGCCUCGCGCCUUGGCCGCGGCGGCGCUGCUCCUUCGUGCCGCCGGCGUCCUCCCUCCAGGUGAGCUCGAGCUCCACUGAGGAGCAGACCGGGGGCGCCGAGCUGCACGGACGAGGCAGCUGCGACUGCGAUUGGCCCUGGCCGGUGCAGCGGCGCUGCCGAUCGAGUUCCGCUGCUCCGCCCGCCCACGGGGAGCAUCACGCAGGAGCUCCGCGGCGCAGCCGGCCAAGCCGCCCAUCUGCCAGAGGCCGCCCGCGAGGCCGAGCUCCUUCGUCGGCGCACCACGGUCGCCUGCGACGGCGGCCAAGGUCCGGCUUGCCUCCAACAGUGCCUCCUCCCCGGCGAGCUCGCCUCCCCCGCCCUCGGCUCGGAAACCGCGUUGGUGGGUCCCGGUUGUGGUGGAUGAGCGUGCUAUCGAGUGGAUCUGCUAUCGCGAGCUACUAUCGGCCCGUUGGACGUGCCGUUAACGCGACCGUGCUUGUGAGUAGAGCCUCUCUUCAUUGGGCACCCAGGAUCUGUCUGAUUCCCUUUUCAGGCUUUGAGGAUCAGGCCAGCAGAAAGAACAUCCGUAUAGGUGGCGGAAUCUUCUAGCAGCCUAGCACGUUGCAGAAAGAACAACAAGCAAGGACAGCAAGAUCCAGGGUACUAUGGAACCAGAGGAGCUAACAUUUCAGUUAUUACGAGAAAUUACAGAUGGAUUCUCGAAGGAGAGGAAAGUUGGGGAAGGAGCAUUUGGAGCUGUUUACAGGGGAGUGACUAAAAAUGGUGAGGAUGUUGCUGUAAAGAGACUUCGAGAUGGCAAUCAAGAUAUUGAAUACAGGCAUGCGCAGUUCCGAAAUGAGUUUUAUAACCUCACAAAGGUUAAGCAUAAAAACAUUGUACAGUUUCUUGGUUAUUGCUAUGAAAUAGAGCACACAAAUAUAGAGUGCGAUGGGAAAAUUGUAAUUGUUGAGAAGAUACAUAGAGCACUCUGCUUUGAGUAUUUGCACAAUGGGAGUCUUCAAAAUCAUCUUUCUGAUGAGUCUUGCGGGCUUGACUGGCGCACAAGGUACAAAAUUAUUAAGGGGACAUGUGAAGGCUUAAAAUAUAUUCAUAAGGACCUGGAAGAGUCUCUUUUACACUUAGAUAUAAAACCAGACAACAUAUUACUAGAUAAGAACAUGGUGCCAAAGAUUGCAGACUUUGGUUUAUCCAGGAUAUUUGGUGACGAACUGACAAGGACCACACAAAGUCCUUUAGGAACACUUGGGUACCAGCCACCAGAAUACAUUGAUAGAGGUGAAAUCUCAGAGAAGUUCGACAUAUUCAGCUUGGGUGUCGUAAUAAUAAGGAUAGUGUCGGGACUAGAAGGCUACUCCAAACAUCUAGACAUGCCUUCGGAUGAAUUUAUUGAUCUGGUCAACAGAAACUGGAGGAAGAGGUGGCAGGCAACAUGCAGUGGUGGUUUCUUAGUUGAAGCAUGUUGCCACCAAGUAGAGACAUGCACCAAGAUGGCAUUGAACUGCUUGGAGAAAGAUAGCCAAAACAGGCCUGAUAUUUUCAUGAUUAUCAAUAAGCUAAAUGAGAUAGAAACUGGCAUUAACGAGCUUCCCCAGAAAAGACGCAAAACUGGUUAUGGGAUGACAAUGCAUAAUCAUCUGAAGCUGACAAAGGAACAUAAAGUAAUCACUGAUCAACACCAAGAUUCAAAGUCGAUGAUAAGCUCCAGGAGCAAUUUGAUAACAUCUGGCAAUACAAAAGAAAUAUCAUUAGAUGUUCGAGAAGAGCUAAUUGUAGGCAGAGAAAUGAAGAAGAUAAACAUGGCUACUUUACUUGGGAGCAUGCCAGAGAAGAUCAUCAUCCUUCCUAUAUAUGGUAUUGCAGGAAUUGGCAAGACAACCUUUGCAAAACUAAUUUACAAUGAUACAAAUUUCAAAUAUUAUUCGCAGGCCUGGGUCUAUGUGUCCCCGACAUUUGACUUGGAUAAAAUUGGUAAAUCUAUAGUUUCACAGCUAUCUGAAAAGGAGAACCAAGUUGAUGAAAUACAGCAUAUAAGUAGUUGCCUUACCAAACUACUUUCUGGCAAGAAGAUUAUGAUUGUCUUAGAUGACCUUUGGGAGAAUAAUACAUUUCAACUAGAGGAUUUGAAGGCUAUACUAAAUCCUGGUGACAGCGUCAAAAUCAUUGUUUUAGUAACUACACGGAGUGCACACAUUGCGCAGAAAAUUUGCUGUAACAUUGAACCAUAUAAGAUAGAAUCAUUGACAGAUAAAAUGUGCUGGGAUAUAAUUAAACGAAAAGGUGAUUUUGAAGCUAGACAUGACAAAGAAAAGUUGGUGCGCAUAGGAAAAGAGAUUGCCCGGAAAUGUGGAGGUGUGGCCUUAGCAGCUCAAACUCUUGGAUCCAUGUUGCAGUCAAUGAAAUAUGAUCAAUGGGUAAUAGUGAAAGACAGUGAUAUCUGGAAUGAAACUAUUUCAAAGGACGCCUCAUUGCCAAAUCAUGUUCUUGCAUCCUUGAAAUUAAGUUAUAUCAGUAUGGAUGACUGCUUGAAGUCAUGCUUUACUUACUGCGCAAUCUUUCCGAAGGGUCACAAGAUUGUUAAAUAUGAUCUGAUCUACCAAUGGAUUUCUUUAGGUUUCAUCAAGCCGACAAAAAUAUUCUCCACUUCGCAGCUCUGCGAGAAGUAUAUUGCUCACCUCAUGGGACUAUCUUUCCUUCAACAUUCAGUGUCACCAACGACUUAUGGAGCGUAUGGUGAACAUGACACAGCGUUCAUGAUGCACGAUCUGGUGCAUGACUUGGCAAUUUCACUCCUUGGUGACCAAAUUUUUUAUCAGAACAAACAAGCCAACACUGCGGGGAGCAGCUGCUGCUAUGCAUUGCUCGCUGACUGUAGCAAGCCACUUGAGUGGUGCACAUCUUCUCCUGCCAGGCUAAGCGCACUGCAUUUUCUGGACUGUCGGCGAACUGAGCUACAUGGUGCUGCGUUUGAACCUGCUGAGUCCCUGCGAGUGUUGGAUUUAAGCAAGUGCUCAAUACAAAAGUUGCCAGAUUCUAUUGGUCGACUGAAGCAGUUGAGGUAUCUUAACGCUCCAAGGAUCCGGGACCGAAUGGUUCCAGAACGCAUCACAAAACUAUCGAAUUUAAGGUAUCUUAGUCUCCGUGGAUCUUGUGCCAUCCUAGCACUACCAGAAUCGAUUGGAGAAAUGGAAAGUCUGGUGCACCUUGAUUUAUCUGGUUGCUUGGGAAUAGAAAGAUUGCCAGAAUCAUUUGGUAACCUUAAAACUUUGGAGCAUAUGGAUUUUACAAAUUGCAAAAAUGUCACAGGAGUAUCCCAAUGCCUGGCUAGACUUACAAAGCUGCAGUAUUUGAACUUAUCAAAUUGUAAACAUAUUGGACGCCUACCAAGAGAAUUGGCCAGCCUCACAGAACUGCAAUACUUGAACUUGUCUGAUAGCUCAUACCUUUCUGGAAACGAACUUGAUGAGGCAGAAUAUUUGGGAUCCCUCACCAAACUCAAAUACCUGAACCUCUCUUCAAGUAAUCAACCGUGCAUUAACAGGUUGCCUGAAGCUUUGGGUAGACUCACUGAACUCAAGUAUUUGAACUUAUCACAUCAUUUUACCAUGAAAAAAUUACCAGCGUCAUUUGGGAAUCUUUAUAACCUGGUGCACCUUGACUUGUCAGGAUGUUCUUUACUUCAAGGUGUGACAGCAGCUUUGAAUGGGCUUACCAAGCUCCAAUAUUUGGAUUUAUACGCAUACUUCAGUUUUCAUCCCAAGAAAGGGAAAAAGGUUUUAUGCAAUCUCAGUGAACUUCGACAUUUAAAUUUAGGCUGCCCCAUCAGAAGCAUGUCACCUUCCGAUCAAGAUAAAAUAAACGGUCUCCUGGAGUGGAUCUGUACUCUUACCAAUCUAGAGUAUCUGAAUCUUUGUUACAAUGAUGACAUUUCUAGCAUACCUGAAACUAUUGUUAACCUCAGGAAGUUACAUACACUGGACCUUACGUAUUGCCACCGGCUGCAAAGACUGCCGGCAAGUAUAACUGAAAUCGAGAGCUUGAAGUUUCUGCAUACCAAGGGUUGCAGGCAGUUGGUGUUGGAUAAGUCCACGCUACCUCAGCACACGAGCAGCUCAGAAAAUUCACCAUAUUUUGUGGUCCAUAAUUAUGUUGGUGAAUCUAGCAGGCAUCCUUUUCGGGUGGAGUAUGGAAACCAUGGUCGGUUGAAGAUAAGCAGACUUGAAAGCAUGAGGUCGGCAAAAGAGGCACAGACAAUAAAGCUCGUGGAGAAGACAAAUAUUACACGAUUAGCAUUACACUGGACUAGAGAUGCGAUAAGAAUUGUGGAUGAUGCAGAAGUUUUGAGGGAGCUAGAGCCGCCAUACAGUGUUUCAGAGUUCUGCCUUGAAGGUUAUAAUAGCGUCAUCUUUCCAUCCUGGGUGAUGCGUGUUGGUGCUUAUUUACCUGGUCUGGCCAGUAUUGACUUCUCGGACUUGCCCAGUUGCAACAACCUGCCACCACUUGGUCAGUUACCAAACCUCGAGCGGCUGAAGAUGAGACGAAUGGACAGCAUUAAGAAGAUUGAUGCGGACCUGUAUGGGGGAACAGGAGCAUUUCCUCGACUUGAGCAUUUUCGCAUAGAUGGUAUGAAAUGCCUGGAAGAAUGGAACACGGCCUACUCGAGUGACGAGGACGGUUUCGUGUUCCCCUGCCUCAAUUUUGUAGAGAUAAGACACUGCCCAAGGUUGAGGUUCAAACCACGCCUGCCACCAAGUAUCCACGACUUGCGGGUAGACAGUAGUGAUGAAGUAAUGUUGUCAGGGGGGGAUGCUGUUGCCAUGGGUGCCUCCACAGCCACACGACUUUAUGUGGAAUGCUGUGUGGUGCCUCUGCAUCGGUGGAGCUUGCUUCGCCACCUCCCAUGCCUUGAACGUUUAACCAUUAUAAACUGCAGCGAUCUCACAUGCAGCUCAACGGAAUUUCCUCAAGGUCUCAACUCCCUGAAGAUUCUAACUGUGGAUGGUUGCAAAGGCGUCGCGUCCCUGGCGGAGAGCUUGGGAGACCUCACCUCUCUCACUGAACUUGGGGUACUUAAUUGCAGGGACAUCAGGACACUGCCAGACACCAUGUCGAAACUCACCUGCCUGCAAACUCUAAUAGUGCAAGGUUGCGAAAGUAUCACGUCGCUGCCGGAAUGGUUGGAGGACCUCACCUCUCUCAUGGAACUUGAGAUAGGUAAUUGCAGGGGCAUCAAGACUCUGCCAGGCACCAUACAGAAACUCACCCACUUGCAGCGCCUGGAGGUUUUUGGAUGCCCUGAACUAAUUCGGUGGUGCGAAUCUGGGGAGAACGAGAUGAAGCUUGCUCACAUACAAGAGAAAAAUUUUUUGCCAGGACUACUGAGUGAUGAAGAGUCAGGAACUUAUGAAUAGUCAGAAACUGAUGAAGAGUGAGAACAAUGAACAUUUCCUCAGGUGGCUGGAGAUCAGACGGAUGGACAGCGUUAAGAAGUUUAACGCGGACCUGUACGGGGGACCAGGAACAUUUCCUCGAGUUGAGGAGUUUCUAUUAGUUGAUUUGAAAUGCCUUGAAGAGUAGAAGCCUACUCAGUUGACGAGGACGAUUUGAAUGAGCCAGUGUUUUGGGAAUAAGUCACUGCCCAAGGUUGAGGAUAGUUUGUGUACUUGAACUGCACCUACAACUCUUAUUAGCAUGGGAUCUAUUGUAGGGUGUGUAUCUUAGAGGGCUUAUCUCGCAUGAACUUGCAUUGCGUGCUUUGAUAUUAUAUUUUCCUAUGAAUACAUAUGUGCAACCAUACUCCUA